AUGACACUCGCCGUCAUCGCCCACGAAAUCGGACCAGUCUCGUCCGGCGGUCCACCACACCGCAUGAGCGAGGACGGUCCUCCCAUGGAUCUAGGCUACCUGAUGCAGCCCACCGUCAUGGCAACGCACACGUUCCGCAAUGCGCCGGCACUCGACGUGCUGCUCAUCCCUGGCGGCAUCGGAAACGUUGCGCUCGCGCAGGCCAACGACACGUCCGUCGAAGACUUUGUCCGCCUGCGCUUCGAUCAGGUCGACUACCUCCUGAGCGUUUGCACGGGCGCCAUGAGCUUGGCAAAGGCGGGCGUGCUGGACGGCCGCAGGGCGACGACCAACAAGAGCGCCUGGGCGUCGGUGGUGGGAAGCGGGACGAACGUGACGUGGGUGCCGUCGGCGAGAUGGGUCCAGGAUGGAAAGAUCUGGACGAGCUCUGGGGUUAGUUCAGGCAUGGACAUGGCAUACGCCUUUCUCGCCCAUUUGUACGGCUCGGACGACCAGGGCCUCUUCAACACCAUGAAUGGAAUCGAGUAUGCGCCGCACACGGAUCCACACUGGGACCCCUUUUCCGUCGUAUAUAAGAUUCCCGGCGCGGACAUGAACCGGAGUCUUGAAGACUGUGUGAAGCCUGUUGGGUUCUGA